AUGAAGAAGUUUGGCUUUGGCAGCAAGAAGGGGGGCGACGACGGCGGUGAUGACGAUGCUUCCCGCAGCGCCCUUUUCGGCCGCAAGAAGUCUUCUCAGCCGCCCGCCGGUGACAACCCCUACGCUCAAGCCCCGCCAGCCAACGACCCCUACGCCCAGAGUUCCAAGUCCGCCGCCGCCUCGGCCCCCUACCAGCAACAACGCCCGGGGGGCUUCCAGUCGAACCCCUACGGCGGCGGCGGCGGCGGCAGCUCUGGCGGCCUCCCCGGUGGUCCCGGGCCCCGUCGAAACCCCUCCGGCAGCGGCGCCUCGACCUACUCGCAACCGCCGCCUCCCUACGGCGGCGACGCCAACGAGCGAUCCAGCAGCGGGUACGGCGCCGACAGGUACGGUGCGUCGGGCGGCUACGGCGAUAACCGCUACGACAACAGCGGCGGCGGCAGCGGCGGUGGCUAUGGCGGCGCCAACAGCGCGACCAGCUCUUCUCGGGCGCCCAGCAGCGCAACCAGCAGCGCCAGCAGGGGCGGCAACAACAACGGCUACGGCCAGGACAACGCCGGCGGCUCCUCCUCCGCCGCAGCUGGCGCCGAGGGCGACCCGUACGGCGGCUACGGCGCCGAGCGCGAGCUCACCGAGGAGGAGAUCGAGGCGCAGGAGGUCCGCGACGUCAAGAAGCAGAUCCAGGACACGCGGCAGGAGUCGAUCAACUCGCUGCAGCGCAGAUGGAGCAGACGAUGCGUGGUCUCAACUCGCGACAAGUCGCAGCAGCGUGGUUCGGGCAAGUCCUCGGCGGCGGAGAAGAGCAAGUACGUCUUCCUCGACGAGGACGACGACGAGAACAACCAGGCGCUUGAGGACGAGGCGACGAUUGACCGCCAGAUGGACGAGCUCAGCGGCGCCGUCUCCGUCCUCAACAGGGUCGCCAAGGCACAGACCCAGACGGUCCAGAGGCAGAUUGUCACGGCCGACAGAAUCAACGAGAAGACGGACAUGGUGGAUGAUGGUGUCAGGCUCAACAGGGCCCGUCUCGACCGCAUCAAAUAA